AUGGGUGCUGAUGUAAGCACCGAUGUAGAAAUUACAUAUUUCUACAUCGGUGCUUACUCAGCACCAAUGUGGAAACAUGCAUUUGUUACAUCGUUCAUGAGUGGUGUUAUUCCUUCUAAAAUGUCUCAGCUCUCAAAAUUAGUCUCGCUUGAUCUCUCAUUUCUUGGAAUGAGAGUUAAAGCAGCAACCCUGGAAAAUGUGAUUGUAAAUGCAACUGAUAUAAGGGAGCUCACUCUUGAUUCCCUAAACAUGUAUCUUGAAGGUGAACUUCCAGAGUUCAAUCGGAGCACUCCUCUUAGAUACUUGGAUCUCUCUUUCACUGGUUUUCCAGGAAAACUUCCCAAUAACAUUAACCAUUUGGAGUCUCUUAACUAUUUGGAUUUUCAUGCCUCUUACUUUGAAGGACCUAUUCCUCUGCUUUUAUCUAAUCUUACGCAACUAAAAUUCUUGGGCCUUGGUGAGAACAAUUUCGGCGGUGAGAUUCCAUCAUCACUUUCAAAUCUUCACCAUCUCAUUUACUUGGAUCUUUUUUAUAGUAAUUUUGAUGGUGAAAACCCCGAUAUAAUCCGGCAUCCAAAUAUUGUUGAGCUUAUUGGGUAUUGUGCAGAGCAUGGUCAAAGGCUUCUGAUUUAUGAGUAUUGCAGAAAUGGGUCGCUGCAGGAUGCACUCCAUUCACAUGAUGAAUUCAAAACAAGACUGUCAUGGAAUGCUCGCAUUCGGAUAGCACUCGGGGCAGCUAGAUCCUUAGAGUACUUGCAUGAGCAGUUUCAGCCACCAGUUGUACACAGAAAUUUCAAGUCUGCUAACAUUCUCCUCUAUGAUGAUGUUUCAGUGCGUGUAUCUGAUUGUGGUUUGUCUCCACUAAUAACUAAAGGUUCUGUAAGUCAACUCUCAGGACAACUGCUAACAGCAUAUGGCUAUGGGGCUCCAGAGUUUGAGUCAGGAAUUUACACAUACCAGAGUGAUGUUUACAGCUUUGGAGUAGUUAUGUUAGAACUUUUGACAGGCCGUCAGUCCUAUGACAGGUGAGAGCCAACAACUGAAGUACUUCAGCAUCUAUUUUUUUAUG